AUUGCACUUUCUGUUUGGCUUUACUCAUGAUGCAAGUCAUAAUUUCAAAAUCCUAGUAAUCCUUAUCUUGUACUAGACAUAUAACAAGUAUAUAAAUACCAGACAGUACGCUCUCAUCAAUAAACUGCAAAUACUCCUAUAUUUUACAAUAAACAUCAUGAAUAUCAUCAACAGAGCAGCUUCGAUUUUACUUCUUUUGGUGUUCUUCUUGGCUUUUUUCCAAGAUUCUGUUCAUGGGCGCCCUCUUUUACUGUCAAUGUCCAGACCCAAGCCGGAUGCUGCUGCUUUAUUUGCUCGAUGGCUCGUUUCUCAGAGUUCUUGGGGUGUUCUCAAUACUAUAGCAAGUGAUAUGGGAGGAGCACCGUUCGGGAAUGUUGUCUCAUUUAGUGAUGGGUUACCGGAUAAAGGCCGUGGUAUACCAUACUUCUACUUAACAACGCUUGAUCCCACUGCUAGAAAUGCAUUGAAAGACCAGAGAUCAUCAUUUACAAUCAGUGAGUACGCCAUUGGAACUUGUGGCAAGAAAGAUCCUGAGAACCCAUCUUGUGCCAAAAUUACCCUCGUAGGAAUGUUGAAAGUGGUUACUGGAGAUCCAAAGGAAACUAGCUUUGCUCAAACUGCUUUAUUCACAAAACACCCUGAGAUGGAAGGUUGGCCCAAGAGUCAUGAUUUCCAGAUAUACAAAUUAGAGAUCGAAGAGAUAUUUAUGAUCAAUUGGUUUGGUGGUCCCAAACCUCUCACCGUGGAUCAGUAUUUGCAGGCUAAAAUGGAUAGUCACACGGUCAUUGCAUGAACGCCUUUACGUAUACAAUCUGCUGACAAGUCCUUUCCAAUUGAAGGCUGAAACUGGUUAAGGAAUGUGAAAAAAGGUUUUAUGGUAUCAAUACAGUGAUCAAUGAAAUUCAACUGUAAAUAGGAGAUACUUGUGAAGCUCAUUAUCAUUCAUUCACUUAUGCAUUGGACAUAUUGUAUGAUUUCUGUUUUGUAAAAUAAUUAAAGUUGUAUGCAAAUAA